AUGUCCUCUUCCAGAAUGGGCACGCCUAGUGACCCCCUCUUAGCCAGCCCAGGGCGAGACGGUUUUGGGAUGGCACGAGGUGACACCUGGAGGCCAACUCUUCCCAAAACCUGCAGCUUCCCGACGUCCACCACACGUCACCUCAGACACCGGGCUAACAGCUUCCAGAGGAAUCCGAAACGGCGCAAGCUCAUCCAUCCAUCUCCGCCCCCUCCACCCAACACGCCUUGCCCUCUGGAGCAGCUGGAUUUCAGUGACCUGCCUCCACGCCGCACUUUUCACGAGCUCCUCUUCAACGGCUGCAUCAUGUUCGGCAUCGAGUUCGGUUACGCCAUGGAGACGGCCUACGUUACCCCUGUGCUCCUUCAGAUGGGUCUGCCUGAUCAGUUCUACAGCCUCGUGUGGUUCAUCAGCCCCAUAUUAGGGUUCCUGAUUCAGCCGAUCCUCGGCGCGUGGAGUGAUCGGUGUAUGUCACGCUUUGGCCGACGAAGGCCUUUUAUCUUUGCCUUGGCCAUCGGCGCUCUGCUCGGUCUAACGCUGGUGCUCAAUGGGCGGGACAUCGGAUCUGCUUUGGCAGACACUGCUGAUAAUCACAAAUGGGGCAUCGUGCUGACUGUAUGUGGAGUGGUUCUGAUGGACUUCAGCGCUGACUCAGCGGAUAAUCCCAGCCACGCCUACAUGAUGGAUGUGUGCAGUCCAGAGGAUCAGGACAGAGGCCUCAACAUCCAUGCACUCCUGGCAGGUCUGGGUGCUGGAUUUGGCUACAUUGUGGGCGGGGUGAACUGGGACCGCACCAAGUUUGGCAAGUCGAUGGGAGGUCAGCUUCGGGUCAUCUACCUGUUCACCAGCAUAACCCUUGUAAUCACUACAGCUCUGACGCUUACUAGCAUCCCCGAGCGUCCUCUUCUACAGCCUCAAAAAAGGAGCUCGAAACAUUUGAAGAGCCCCGUCCUACAUCUGCCACCUUCUCCUCCUCCACCCCCCGCUGGAGCCUCUCGGGAGGAGGAAGAAGAGGAGGAAGGUCUCUACAGAUACCAGUUUUCUGGCCGUAGGUACCCGGAUUGCCUGGGACACUCGUGUAGUGCUAACGCGAGGCUCUGUGCGGGUCUCACCAGCCCCAUCUCCCCUCUCAGCCCUCUGACACCCAAAUAUGGCAGCAUUAUCAGCCGAGACAACACUCUGACAGACAUUAACGAGUUUGCGUCGUCCUUGGGAACAUCAUACAUAGACAGUGUGCUGAUUGACUGUUACACCGGACAGCAUAUGCCCCAAUCGUUGAAGCCCGAGACCAUGACUCCAUGCCUUCCUAUGGGAGAAACUCCUCCUGCUCAGGUGUCACAGCUGGUUGAGGCACAGUCACCAGCUGCCAACUCUCAGGAAAGGGAAUUAUCUCAACCGAACGGAGAGCUGCAGGAAGCAGAAAGAUUAGAGGCUAUUGAUGAAGUUCAAGCCAGGGAAUGCUUGGAGCUGAAUGAAGCAUCUGAGCUCAGUGAGGCUCCGCAGGAUGGUGGCGGAUUAAAACGAGGAAGCAGCACCUCAGGGAUCCUGAAACGCCCUCAGAGUCUGGCCUUAAUGGACGAGCCACUGAUCGGCCCCAGCAACGGCCUGGAGAACGGGCGUCGACGCACUGUUACUUUCAGCCAACAGGUUGCUAACAUCCUCUUAAAUGGGGUGCAAUAUGACAGCAAGCUCAGUGACAACGUAGAGGUUAUAGACACUCAGAUGUCUCUGAAGCUGCUCUGUAUCGCCAUCUACAGGAUGCCCCCGUCCCUGCGCAGCCUGUGCACCAACCACUUCCUGGGUUGGCUGUCCUUUGAAGGCAUGCUGCUUUUCUACACGGACUUUAUGGGCGAGGUGGUGUUUGGGGGCGACCCCAAGGCGCCAGACAAGUCCGAGGCUUAUGAGCGCUACAACGCUGGGGUCAGCAUGGGCUGCUGGGGCAUGUGCAUCUUCGCAUUUAGUGCUGCUUUCUACUCAGCCAUCCUAGAGAAGCUGGAGGAACGCUUCUCUCUGCGCUCUCUGUAUUUCUUCGCCUACCUGGCAUUCGGCUUGGGCACGGGUCUGGCCACGCUCUCCACCAACCUGUACGUGGUGCUGUCUCUUUGUGUUACCUAUGGAGUCCUGUUCUCCUCGCUCUGCACGCUGCCUUAUUCACUGCUCUGUGAAUAUUACCAGAGCCCGCAGUUCUGUGGCUCCACUGAGGACGGCACCAGGAGGGGCAUGGGGAUGGACAUCUCUCUUCUCAGCUGCCAGUAUUUCCUGGCUCAGAUCCUGGUCUCCGUGGCGAUGGGACCUCUGACCUCACUGGUGGGCGGGGCUCAGGGCGUGAUGUACUUUGCGAGCCUCAUGUCAUUUGUGGGCUGCCUGUACUCCUCGCUGUGUGUGGUGUACCAGCUGCCACCUCCGGAGGGUGAGCGCUCGCAGAGUGAGAGCCAACCACUACUGGCAGAGCGGAUGUUGAGACUGGAGUGUGAACGACUACAGCUCAGCUGUAACGGAGAAGCACCCACUACAGAAGAGACAAGCAAGCCAAAUCUACUUUUUUUUUGGCUUGGCCACCAGGCAACAGAUCAGGAAGACACAUUAGGAACUAAAGUGGACUCUACUUGAGACUCAAAAAGUAUGAUUUCACGUGCCACUAGGGGGCAGA